GCACGGCCGCCGACGUGAGGCGUGCGGGGCGCGUGCGCAGCAGAGCCGCAGGGUGGUGCUACUCCUGCAGCGGUGCUCCGGGGGCUCGUGUUCCUGGCAUGGGCAUUUCGCUGUCGCCGCUGCUGACUGUGCUGUCGCUCCUCUCCGGCCGGUGGCUCGAACUAGGAAAUGGGCGGACAGUCAACAUGGUCCAGCUACCAGGUGGGAGAUUCCAGAUGGGAACUAAUUCACCAGAUGGCAGAGAUGGUGAAGGACCUGUCCGGGAGGUGACGGUAAAACCCUUUGCCAUCGACAUAUUUCCUGUCACCAACAAAGACUUCAGGGAGUUUGUCAGGGAGAAAAAGUACCGCACAGAGGCUGAGGUGUUUGGGUGGAGCUUUGUCUUUGAGGACCUUGUCUCUGAUGAGCUUAGAAACAAAGCAACCCAGAGAAUGCAGUCUCUCCUCUGGUGGCUCCCCGUGGAAAGGGCAUUCUGGAGGCAGCCUGCAGGUCCUGGCUCUGGCAUACGAGAGAAACUGGAGUUCCCAGUGGUACACGUGAGCUGGAAUGAUGCCCGUGCCUACUGUGCUUGGCGGGGGAAACGGCUGCCCACUGAGGAAGAGUGGGAGUUUGCUGCCCGAGGGGGCUUGAAGGGUCAGGUGUACCCCUGGGGAAACAAGUUCCAGCCAAACCGCACCAAUCUGUGGCAGGGAAAGUUCCCCAAGGGCGACAAGGCUGAGGAUGGCUUCCAUGGCGUCUCCCCCGUGAAUGCUUUCCCCCCACAGAAUGACUACGGGCUCUAUGACCUCGUGGGCAACGUAUGGGAGUGGACGGCGUCACAGUACCAGGCUGCCGACCAGGACAUGCGUGUCCUCCGGGGGGCGUCCUGGAUCGACACAGCCGAUGGCUCUGCCAACCACCGGGCACGGGUCACCACCAGGAUGGGCAACACUCCAGAUUCAGCCUCAGACAACCUAGGCUUCCGCUGCGCUUCCAGUGCAGGCCGACCGCCUGGAGAGCUGUGAGUGGCCAUGCAGAAAGCAGAAGAGUCCCGUGGCACCCAGGCCACUCCCCCGCCACAUUCCAAACACAGCCAGACUCCGGAUGACCUCCAUCCCCUUCCCCAUCCUGUGACAGGCACCUCUCCCCAGGGCAGGAAAGGACCCUGACCUCCACAGAGGGGUGAUACUGUGUCUUGGAGAAGGGGCCCAACUUAUUGAUUGUGGCCAGGAACUGGAUGUUUCUCUUAGAGGUCAGAUAUUGACCAUAUAGGGGCCACAUAUUCAAACAGUUGGGUCACAGUGCUCAGAAAGGCAGUUUGUGAAAAAAAAUUUCAAUCUGCUCCUUCCACCUUUCAUGAUGUCUGACCCAGGGAUCUGACAUUAUUCAAGGCAGAAUCUCCCCCAACCCAGGGUCUCAUGCAUUGCAUGCAGAUUCUUUACCAACUGAGCUCUUAGGGAAUCCAGAAUCUCCCUAGGCCUCCUUGUUUUCCCAGCAAGUUGCCAUAGAAAGAAAAUGAUUCCUUUAUUUGUCUUGUGGGGUUUCACACAUCUCCUAGGGAAUCUGGUUUCCAGCACAUGAAAUGCAGUUCCGUGGGCUCUUUAAAGCUCAAUGUCAGUCUUAAAAGGGUCUAGGAGAACCAUGGAUUUACCAGGUGAGACUGUGCACCAUGGGAGUCACAGAAUGAAUAGUACUCAGAAGAAACAGCAGAUGAUUCCAGGGGCACCCACAUGCCUCUAUAAACGUCCCCAGAGAAGAACCUGCUCCCAUGGUGUCACUGGGUAUUGUGGGGUCAGUAAAAAUCACCUGUGAUUGUGA